AUGAGGAACCACACAGCAGUGACCACCUUCAUCUUCCUGGGACUAACAGAUGACCCAGAACUGCAGAUCCUGACUUUCAUAUUUCUAUUCAUCGCCUACCUGUUGAGCAUAACAGGGAACAUGACCAUCAUCCUCCUCAUAUUGGUGGAUUCCCACCUUAAAACUGCCAUGUACUACUUUCUCCAAAAUUUUUCCUUCUUAGAAAUUUCAUUCACUUCUUCCUGCAUUCCCAGGUACUUGUACAAUCUAUCAACAGGCGACAGGACCAUUUCCUAUAGUGCUUGUCUAAGCCAGGUAUUUUUUAUAUAUUUGUUUGCCAUAGUACAAUUUUUUCUCCUGACCGUCAUGUCCUAUGACCGGUACGUGGCCAUCUGCAAACCCCUGCACUAUGUGACCAUCAUGAACCGCAGGGUCUGCAAAAUGCUUGUCUUCUGCUGUUGGAUGACGACUUUGUUGCUGGUGUUGCCAUUCUUUAUUUUGUUACUGGGUCUGGAGUUCUGCAAUUCCAAUGCCAUCGACCACUUCGGCUGUGAUGCGAACCCUUUGAUAAAGAUCUCAUGUUCAGAUACAUGGUUCUUAGAGCAGAUGAUUGUUGUCUUCUCAGUUUUGGUCUUCAUCCUAACUCUCGUGUGCGUGGUUUUGUCCUACGUUUAUAUCAUCAGAACAAUCCUGAGGUUCCCGUCAACCCAGCAAAGGAAGAAGGCGUUUUCCACCUGCUCGUCCCACAUAAUUGUGCUUUCUAUCUCCUAUGGCAGCUGCAUCUUUAUCUACACCAAACCUUCAGCAAAAGAUGACAUGACCAUGAAUAAGAGGGUUACGCUAUUACCUGCUUCCAUUUCCCCCAUGUUGAACCCAUUUAUUUAUACUCUCAGGAAUAAACAAGUGAUAGAAGCCUUUAAUGGCUUAAUCACAAAAUUGUAUUCCUCUCAAGGAAUUAGAGGAAUAUUGAGGUAA